AUGAUGGAAAUUCACCUCACGAAGAAAACCCUCAUGGUAUCUCGCGGCCACAAAUACACUUAUUAUACCUGCCUGCCAUCAAAGACCUCUAAACCAACAAUCCUCCUCCUGCACGGCUGGCCCGAUGACGCAUCAUGCUGGAGUGGCGUGCUUGACGCCGCCAUCGUGCCUACAGGCUAUGGGGUGAUCGCACCCGAUUGUCUCGGUAGUGGGGAGACAGCGAUGCCCCUUGACGAGCGAGAAUAUGAUUUCCGCGCCAUGGCGGCAGAUCUGCUGGAGAUUUUGCAUAUGGAAGGUGUGCCAAGUGUGGUGGUUUGGGCGCAUGAUUGGGGUGCCGGCCUUGCAUCGCGCUUCUACAAUUACUACCCGUCACGCGUGCUGGCCCUGACACUGACAAACACGAACUACUUCCCGCCAAGCGAUGUGCCAUUCUCCGUUGAUGGGUUCAUUGAGAUGACGCAAAAAGCGCAUGGGUACGGCAUUGCAUGGUAUUGGCACCUCUUUGUGUCUGACGAGGCGCCACAACUCAUGUCCAAGCACAUUGACACGCUAUGGACGAUCAUGCACGGCAGCGGUGAGACGUGGAAGGAGACAUUCUGCAAAGAGAACGGGUUCAGAGAUGCGCUAGCCAGGGAUAAAAAAUACGCGGUGAGAUCGUAUGCGACGCCGGAGUUGAAGAGGGAUUGGGUUGCGAAGGUCCAAGCUGGGGACAAUCGUAGGUUGAAGGCGAGCUUGAUGUGGUAUCGGGCUUUGGCUGGUGGAUUUCAGGAAAAAGCGAACGAAGAGGCGCUGGGUAAUUUGGUGAUUGAGGUGCCGUAUCUGUUGGUUAGGGCCGAGGAUGAUGUGUGCUGUAAAGGUGAGGAUCAUGAGGCGAUGAAGAAUGCAGGGCUGCUUGGGAUCGAUGCUGAGACGGAGGUCAUUGCUGAGGCAGGACACUGGGUUGUAUUGAGCCAUCCUAGGGAAUAUGGGGAGAAGGUUUUGAGCUGGUUGCAGAAAAGAGGCUUGUGA